UGGACAUGGCGUCAGUUAUACCUUGGCAGGAAAAUUGUCCGUUGUCAGCAUGCUCCAAAUGCAUGGAAUGGGUUUGUUUGUCAGUGCUUGAAUGACAUAAAUGAAGGUCCUUUGUGUGGUGACUGCUGGAAGUUGACAGAGUUUGUUGAAGAUCACAAGGAGACUCUCAAGCAUGAUUAUUCAAAGCUCACUGCUGCUCAGAAAAACACAUUUGUUAACCAGGUUAUGAAGAAGUGCAUUGAAAACCAAAAAAUUGUCUAUGACAACCCAAAGGCUGUGCAGCAUGAUAUGCUCGCAUCCUUUGCUGCAAUGGAUCAGGAGGUUUGA